AUGCUGAAGCGACUCGAAGUGCACGCUUUAAAGACAAGUGUGAGAGACCUGUGGGCAGGACAAACUGAUCCAGUGCUCAGCUGACAAGGAAGAGAAGUGAUGGAGCGUUCCAAAGAGACAGGGUACAAUUCAAACGAGAAGAAAGACACCGGGGACAGUGACUCCAUGCUCAACGGACACUUUGACGGGAUGGUGAAGCGGCCGACCAGCGGCCCCGGGCACACCGCUACUCCACAGGCUCCGGGCGUGGAGUCCGGCUCGCACAGACCGGUCGCAUCGGUGAAGGAGAGUUGGGAGGACGAGCGCUCUAGCGUGGAGGACAACGAGAUGAGGUUGCCGUCCCUGGCCGCAGCCUACAACUCCAUUCUGCGGGAGCUCGGGGAGGACCCCCAGCGACAGGGGCUCCUCAAAACCCCCUGGAGGGCCGCCACCGCCAUGCAGUUCUUCACCAAGGGCUACCAGGAGAAGAUCAUCGAUGUGCUGAACGAUGCCAUUUUUGAUGAAGACCACGAUGAGAUGGUGAUUGUCAAAGAUAUCGACAUGUUCUCCAUGUGUGAACAUCAUCUGGUGCCCAUCUUCGGCAGGGUUCACAUCGGUUACCUCCCCAACAAGAGAGUUCUGGGCCUCAGCAAGCUGGCCAGGAUUGUUGAAAUCUACAGUCGUCGACUACAAGUUCAGGAGAGGUUGACCAAACAAAUCGCUGUGGCAAUCACUGAGGCCCUGCAGCCCACUGGGGUCGGUGUCGUCAUCGAGGCAACCCACAUGUGUAUGGUGAUGAGAGGCGUUCAGAAGAUGAACAGUAAAACCGUCACGAGCACCAUGUUGGGAGUUUUCAGGGAAGAUCCAAAAACCCGUGAUGAGUUUCUCACACUGAUCAGGAGCUGAGGAGGAUGAGGAUCCUCCUCUUCCUGCUCCUCCUGCUGCCUGGGGCUACCUCCACCCACACGGACCAGCUGUCGUGCUAAAUGUGUGUGUGUGUGUGCGUGCGUGAAUGGGUGUGUGCGUGUGCAUGUGUUUCUCUCACCAAAGGCAGUGAAAGUGUGUUUAACUGUUAGGCGUUUUCAGUCAUUUUAAUCUUUGAUAAGGUGAAGCGUUACCUCGUCGUUUUCCACACAGCUGAUGUUUGUCAGAGGCUGUGGACAAAUUUUGGUUUUUUUUU